UCUAGAAGCAAUUCAUGAAUGGAGAGAUGGCAAUCAGACCCGCCCGUGGCCGCAGCUGUGGUGUCCCAUUUUAAUGACUGCCCAGAUUCCCACAGUCAGUUCUGCUUCCAUGGAACCUGCAGGUUUUUGGUGCAGGAAGACAAGCCAGCAUGUGUCUGCCAUUCUGGGUACGUGGGCGCGCGCUGUGAGCAUGCCGACCUCCUGGCCGUGGUGGCCGCCAGCCAGAAGAAGCAGGCCAUCACCGCCCUGGUGGUGGUCUCCAUUGUGGCCCUGGCUGUCCUCAUCAUCGCGUGUGUGCUGAUACACUGCUGCCAGGUCCGAAAACACUGUGAGUGGUGCCAGGCUCUGGUCUGCCGGCACGAGAAGCCCAGUGCCCUGCUGAAGGGAAGGACUGCGUGCUGCCACUCAGAAACAGUGGUCUGAAGAGCCCAGAGGGAGUUUGGCCAGGUAGACUCUGGCAGCCUGAGGAAGAAAGGACUUCUUCAGGACGAGCCGACAGACCUUCCUGCUCUGCCAGCAAUCACCUGUGCAGCCUUUUUUGUCUUUUGUGGGCCUUCCUUCAACAACUCUGUCAAGAACUCUGUCUGCUUGGGGUUAUUUGGUGUGACCUAGAGAAGAAAUCAGUGGACCAUGGUUUAAAGACUGGUCAAAAAAGAAUUGCAAAGGGGUGGGCUUCCUGUUGACCUAGCUCAGGUGUGUGCGUCUGCCUGCCUCGGAGCCCAGGGGUGUGUGGUGCUGUCUUCUGCCGGUUACGGAGGCUGGGCCCGUCCCCCCACAGCAGUACCCAUCCUGCGCAACCCUGGAGAUUGCUGUCGUUGAGUUUUUUCUCAUCCGUUUAUUGGAGAAGAAGAUGAACACAGGGUAACUAUUGAUUACCUGAAGAUGCCAAGUGUAAGAGGAGCUGUGUAUGUCCUCUGUCCACGAGCCCCUCAACCAGCCUGAUGUCUCCCACAGGCACAUGACGCCGAGGACCUUCCCAAGCCGUCGGCAGCCUUGGAAAUAAUUUCUUAUUUAUGAGACGGAUGAUGGUUUCAUUUUUAAUCUCUUAAGUCAAUGUAAAAAGCAUAAAACCUUUUCAGACUUCUACACAAAUGACGUAUGUAAUGCUGGCUAAAAAGUUGGCUGACUGAUUACAACCAUCUGGCCUCUUUGGGACGGCUAAGGCUUGGGAAGAGCCACCCGGGACUGCCGAGAUGGAACCAGAGGAGGGGUUGCUGAUGAGAGCGAAGACGGGGGCUCAAGGGUCUUGCCAUUUAAGACACAAAGCAAGGAAAUGCCCCAGAUGCAUUCCAGUAGAAAAGUUAGCCAUCCCAGCAGCAGGGAUUUGUAGCUUUGUUGGGGAGAGAGGUAGAGAGUGCCUGUGUAUGCAUCCUCACGGGAAAACACAGGACUAACUGCUGCAUGAUUGAACGGGCUAACUUCCUAGUGCUCCCUCCGAGCACAGAUGCUUAGAAAUCGAGCGCAAGCAGAGAGCCACAGGCAUUUGGGGCCACAUCCAUGGAAGGGGGGCUGGUCAUUUACUUUCCAUGUUGUUGCUUGGUUGAUUUGUGGCUUUAUUUUUAAAAGGAGAAAUUGAACUUUCCUAUUUAUUUUCUAGCAUUAGAAGAAAUAAUCCUGGUGAUUUUUUUUUUCCCUUUCCCAUUCAGGAUGCUGGUUUUAUUAACAAAAACUCUAACAAGUCACCUCCAUCAGAGUGGGUCUUGCUUUCCCCUGAGAGAAGGAGAAAUUGUUUUCAUGGGCAUCUGGGUAUGUUCUGACCCAUCGGGCUUGCCUGUGGAAAACACUGGUUCCCUCCAGCUAAACAGCAGAGAGCUCAUCCCUAGGAAUUUUCAUUAAAAAUUGUAAACAGAAUAACAGUGAAAUAAUACGUGAAGUCUUUAUGUGAGGGAACUCUUUAUUCACUAAUAUUUGAAAAAUGAAAGAUUUCUACCUAUUAGUGCAUCUAGCUCCACCCAUCACGAAAGGGACCUUUAAAACGUGAAGUUGGCUUAAAAUUUCUAUCAGGUUAUUUUUGUCCUCCCCUAAUUCUUCUUCCCCAAUCUGUCCAUUUCUAUGAAUUGUCUCAUUUCUUACAAUUUUGAGACAAGUGUGUGACCCGUGUCUUAGCUUUGGCACUUUCAUGGAAUGAUGGAAUGAAGCAGUGAGGGCAGAAAUGGGGUCUGCUCGCCUGCUGGCCCCGCUGACGGUGUAAUCGAUGCAGCUCCCAGGCUUAAGCUGGCAUUGCCUGUGCCCAUCCUACAGUGGCAGGGAUGUGGGCCGAGGCUUCCCGGUAGCAUCUUGCUCAGAGACUGGUCCCACUGACCCAGGUUUGCUGAGCCCCCGUUUUCACUCCUCUCAUCAGACCCUCCUGAAAGUCUGAGAGCCUGGAGAGAGAGACCAAUGGCAGUGGGUAGUGUAUUUUUAACUUCAGGUCACAUUUUUACUUUAGGACAAUCUUUCCUCAGUCUUUUAGAGACUAUUUGAGGUCUGGUUGCCUUCAGAGAAUAGGAACUGAUGUGAAAUGUUUUGUGGGGCUUUAUUCACCUGAUGGAGGGCAGGAUCCGUGUUCAGUCUCCAGGUGUCCAAGAGUCUUUGCAGAGGUGUGAGGAGGAUGAGAACCUUCUCGGGUCCCUGCAGGGACUUCACCUUUAGCGUCUGUGAAUGCUGUGGGCCUCCUGUGAGUGCUCCCGAGGCAGUUCUCCAUAAACCAGCAGGUCCGAAGAGAGUUGGAAGCAGAGGCUAGGUGACAGCAGGCCUGGACGGACCUUCAUCCAUGCCCAGGAUAGGAGAGCCUUGCUUCUUGGUGAUUUCUCUUUAAAAAUCAGAUGGCCAGCAAGCAUUGGAUUCCUGGGCCAUUUCAUGGUGUUGGUACAUUUUGAGUUAGCUGUAAAAAUGCCCCCGUUUUGAGGUUAAAAAUGCAUCUUCGAAUCCAUCCUUACAGGUUCCCUGUGUUUCCUUGGCCUCUAGAAAGCCAAGGAUUAUGACUGGGGAUUCAUUCCUGAGGCCUUUCCUGGUCAGCAGCCGCACACCUGGGAGCGGGAAGCAGAGCUGCUUCCAAUGUCUAGCUCAGGAGAAAUGAAAAGCCCCCAUUAAAAAAAGGGAGGGGGUGCUUGCAGAUAUUUGAUGGAGCCUAGAUUCUCCCACUGCUCUACAGGCUGUGACAUCUCUAAGCAUACUGGCCAGAAACCUUUUCUUCGAGAUGGAAAGAUAGCCGCCAACCCUGAUCUGGAAGAUGCUUCUGACACACACGAAGUCAAGCAAGAUAUGAGCUUGGCCAUUGUGUUUCAGCAGAGGAGGUGGGCGCAGUGUCCCAGAGUCUAUUUUCCUAAGAAAGGAGGAGGUGGGAUUGACACUUGGCCACCAGGGCAUUGGUGAGGCAGGAGGAGGUGUGGUUCUAGAGCUUCCUGGGAAACUGUGCCCUGCAGGUGGAGAAGGUGCAUCUUCAGCCAGAUCUUGCGGGGUCGGGUUGUCUCGCUGUGCCUGGGCCACAAGUCGCUUCUCCCAGCAGUUUUGGCAGAAGUGGAUCGACAAGCUUCCAGCGCUACUCAGGAGACCCUGCCCACCCAGUAGGAUCUGGGCUUUGGUGUCUCCCAACCUGCUUGGCCAAGGAAGGGAAGGAUGCAAAAGCCCGGCCCCAAAGGGGACAUCACAGACACGAGACGAACACAUACGUUUGUUCUCCAUGUUGGAACAUAAGGCCGGUCCUCUCCAGCUGCUGAUUUUACCAGGCUCUCUGAAAGACCUCGUGGUGAACAUACCCACAGUCCUGAAAAGCAGCCCUUCUUCCUAGGGUAGUAACUUACUGAAGUAUUCAACUUUUCAUUAUCUUUAUUAUAACAAACCUGAUGCUUUUUUUUUUUUAGAACUUGUUACUCUGACUUCUGUAUAUGUUGCACUGAAAAGGUUAAUAUUUAAUGUUUUAAUUUAUUUUGUGUGAUAAGUUAAUUUUGAUUUCUAUAAUGUGUUAAUGUGAUUAGCAGUUCUUUUCCUUAAUAUCUGAAUUAUACUUAUUUAAAGAGUAGUGAGCAAUAUAAAAUGCAGCUGUGUUUUUCAGUCAUGUGCAUUGUUGUCCAGUUGUACUGUACCUUGUUUGGAAGGAUGAAGGAAUGAACUCUUUUUUUUUU